GAAUGUGAGUUCGGAAUUUGAAUCAAGUUUUAUAGCCUAAAUGUAUUAAAAUAUUCCGAUGUUUUGAAUUAGAUAUCAAUGUAAUCUACACAGGAUGUGAGUGUAUAUGUAGCCUAAAUCAAUUACAAGCACCUAACACUACGUGUUAGUCUAGGACAGCUUGCUACAAAACAUCUAUUAGCCUGUCAGCGUAGUUCUAUUUUUUCUUUUUUCUUUAUUGAAAGCAUCGUUUGAUAUGAUCAUUAGUUCUGCUUAGCACAUUGAUUGAAAUAUAAACGAUGACAAAAAUCUGUAUCAAAUGUUCACUACGUUUCAGUACAUUAAAUCAGUGUAGCCUACUGUAUUGGGUGUAACGUUAAAUGCUUACUUAAUAUUACUGUUGUACCAUAUAGUUAAGUUAAUAAUCUUGAACAAUACGUGUUGUCAUUUGUAACAGUAAUUUUAUGAAAUUUUUAAAUUUUACUGAUUAUCCUGUCUGCUUUUCAAGAUGCAUAUAACAAUUCAAGAGGGUCGAGCUAUGCCUAAACUGGAAAGAUGCACCACAUGCUGCAAAAAGUUCCACUGCCCAUUUUGCUCUUCAUCUUUGUUCAACCCAACAAAGUUAAGCAAAGUCAAAACCCAUUUAGAAAGCCAUUUCAGCCGAGCUGUUUUCCAAAAAGAGUACACCAUUCACAGAUGUGGAUUAAAGUGCAGACCACAAUUGCAUUACCAUUGUAUCCACUGCCAGUCAACGCUGUCACGUAAAGCAGACUUCAUUAAACAUGUGUCCUUGUGCAAGGAGAAGGACUCUUCUGUACCCCACAUCCCAGCUAAAACUAACCCCACCACCCCUGCUCCAAAAACCACCACCACCCCUGCUCCAAAUACGACCACCACCCCUGCUCCAACAACCACCACCACCCCUGCUCCAAAUACGACCACCACCCCUGCUCCAACAACCACCACCACCCCUGCUCCAAUAACCACCACCAUUCCUGCUCGAAUAACCACCACCACCCCUGCUCCAAUAACCACCCCCACCCUUGCUCCAGCAACCAUCACCACCCCUGCUCCAAUAACCACCCCCACCCCUGCUCCAGCAACCAUCACCACCCCUGCUCCAAUAACCACCCCCACCCCUGCUCCAGCAACCAUCACCACCCCUGCUCCAAUAACCACCCCCACCCCUGCUCCAAUAACCACCACCACCCCUGCUCCAACAACCACCACCACCCCUGCUCCAAAUACGACCACCACCCCUGCUCCAACAACCACCACCACCCCUGCUCCAAUAACCACCACCAUUCCUGCUCGAAUAACCACCACCACCCCUGCUCCAAUAACCACCACCACCCCUGCUCCAGCAACCAUCACCACCCCUGCUCCAAUAACCACCCCCACCCCUGCUCCAAUAACCACCACCACCCCUGCUCCAACAACUUCCACCAGCUCAAUUUCAGCAACCUCCACCACUGUCAAUGUGACAACCAUGCCAAAAACACAGGUGAAAAGCAUCUGUGCAAAGCACAAAUGUCCCAAAUGCCAGGUUGUCAUGAACAAAAAAAAUUUAAAAAGGCACCUUGAAAGGAAACAUACACACCAAUAUAAGGACAUAACAGCAAGUUCAAAUCUCCAGAGUGAAUGCAUAGAUCCAGAGAAUGGAAUUUAUACGGUCUACAAAGCUUUUCAUGGUACAAGUGUUCCUCUGCAUGUUCAAAAUAAAGUAUGGGGGGAAAAUCAACAUGUAUCCUGUGAAUCCACUGAGUGUCAAGUGAACAUGGAGUUGGCAUGGAGGAGUGGGAUUAAGGCAUAUCAGUGCAUACACCUCAAAUCAAUAACAUACUGUGCAUUGUAUGCCUCCUCCCCUGUACUUAAUGAAGAAACACUUACUGAGAUGGUGAAUAGCAAGUGGUUUGGUGAUGAUAAAAAGAAGCUCUGCCUUGAUCGCCAAAACAAGGCCAAAAACAGCCAUGUACCUCUCUCUGUCUGUGUGCUCUAGAAUGGAACCCCUCAGACCAAAAAAUACAUAUCGAUUUAUGAGCCCACAGUUUCAUACUACAGUCGAUUGGGAAGAGUCAUGGUGACGUACGACACCAAAAAAAAUUCAUGGCACUGUCCUUGUGCCAGGACAAAAAGAUCAUGCCCACAUAAAUACGUAGCCAAAUGGCACUUGUUCCAAACACACCGUGAACUGUUCAGGAAAGUUCGGAGCACUGAGGAGGGGAAACACCUGAGUACAGCAACAGAGGACAAAGACAGUAAUGAUGAGGCUGAGCUGGGUAGCCAGUUAUACCCACCAAAAGAUAUACAAAAAUUGAAGGACAUCACCAUGUAUAUUUACAAGUACAAAAAGUUACCUGCUGUUCUGCCAGAACAUUUGCGGCUUCCAUCAAUGGAAAAAGAAUACCCAAGACACCUCAUACCAGAGGAGUUGAUGUGCCAGCACUGCCCAGGCAAUGUGCCAUUGAGUGAUCCAGUUCUCAUUACACAGAAGGCCAAAAUCCUCACAAACUUGUGUAUUGUUCAAGGUAGUGUGGUAGAUAUAAUUCAGUAA